AUGACUUCUUCCAUCGAGUCAUCGGCGUUGCUGCGGACGACCAGCGCAGCGCUGAGUCCGUCGCAAAAGGUGCCAAUUGCUUCCUUCUCUUCCUUCCCCAGCUCUACCCAAGCCCGUGCUCCCGGCCCUACUGAAGAAGGUUCCGCCUUCUCCUCUUUUCUCGGACUGGCCACAACCAUGACGGGUGCCUGCGUAUUGACACUUCCGGGCGUCCUACAGGCUGUGGGCCAAAUCCCAGCACUUUUCCUGUUUGCUAUGAGUGCGUGGCUGGCUUUCCACGCCUGUGAGAUGCUCAGUGUGUGCUGUGACGCUGCCUGUGAGUUCUCGUACGAGGCGCUGAGCUCCCGACUUUUUGGAGCAGCAGGUGUGUGGUCCGUGCGGUUCCUGACACUUGUGCUGCUGUUUGGAGCCAUUGUGAGCUAUAUGGUGAUUGCUAUGGACUUGCUCGAGCCGUUCUUGAUCAACAUUAUGAGUCGUGGAACCAUCGGGCUAUUCUUCAUGCUCGUGGCUAUUCCAUUGUGUCUACCAGAGACCAUGCACGCGCUCCGCUUUGCCAACUUGUUGGUGCUGCUGUGUCUGCUCUAUAUUCUAGUGGCACUUGGGGUACGAACAGUGCAGAACGACCUCGAGUUUGCUGCUCAGAUCCCAAGGAAUCGCGCGGAUGAAUUCAAUUCAAAGCUCGCGGCGGUGGCGUAUGUACUACCCAUUGUCAUGUUGAGCUUCGUGUGUCAACUAAAUGUUCCACGGGCGUACCAGGAGAUCUACGACAAGACACAGAUGACACUUGUGCACAAGGCACUCGUGGGAUGGGGACUCUUUAUCUAUCUUCUCUUUGCGUACCUUGGAUACGCGUGCUUCCACGGACAACCGCCAAGCGACAUUCUCACAGGAUUCGCGGCGGAUGACAUGCUCAUCAACGGUGCACGUCUUGCGCUUGGUAUCAGUAUGGUACUCAAGACACCGAUGACUUUCCAACCGCUGCGUCAGCUCGUGGAAAUCUGCUGUUUGGGCCGCAAUCGCGAGAGUUUACCAUUCCGGACGGCGAUCACUGUGGUCUUUUUGCUGCUCGCCUACUUACUUUCUGUAUCCUCGCGUAAUUUGGGCACUGUCAUGGCUUUUGUCGGUUCAGUAGCGGGCAAUUUACUCGCUCUCACGGUCCCAGGGCUCUUCCUGUACGAGAUAUCGCGUAGUUAUCUCGUGGAACGUGACGCUUUCUACUCGUCGCGACUGGCGCUCACUUUUGUUUACGCUGGUGGAGUCUUUUCAGUGGCCUCACUUGCCUACCUGUCGUACAACGCGCUCGUGGGCUGA